CAACAACAGAGUAGAGCUACUACAACUUUGACAUCCCGCUGCUGAAACACGCUGUCCUCUCUCUGUUGUUACCGACAAAAAGGACAUGUCACGGAAAGCCAAAGAAGAAUAUUACCGGUUCUUUACCGUCACCGACACACGCACACACGAGAAGGGGCACACGGAGUAUAAAGUGACAGCAAGGUUUGUGUCCAAGCGUCAUCCGGAAGAUGUGAAGGAGGUGGUCGUGUGGAGGAGGUUCUCAGAGCUGAAGAAGCUCCACGGAGAGUUGGCCUACACACACAGGAACCUGUUCAGACGACAGGAGGAGUUUCCUCCAUUUCCCCGUGCACAAGUUUUUGGAAGGUUUGAUGAGGCUGUGAUUGAGGAGAGGAGGAAUGCUGCAGAAGCUAUGCUACUAUUCACCACUACCAUACCUGCACUGUACAACAGCCCACAGCUCAAGGACUUCUUCAGAGGUGGUGAGGUCACGAGGCCUCUGGAUCCCACCAUCGUAGCCUCUGGUGGGCCUCUGCCCCCACCUCUCAUCCCCCUUCCCAAACGGAGAGCCUCAGACUGUGAGCCUGCAGAGGAAGAGGCGGGGAGGGAGGCACCCACUUUACCCCAAGAUCUUGGCACCAACGUGGGGUUAGAAGUGGGAGAACCGGAGGCGGCAGUUGAAGCCUACAGCGAAAUGGGAGGCUCUCCAAGAGAAGAAGAAGGAGGAGAAGAUGAGCUUAGUGAUACAGAGCUGGAUGACAGAGUCCCAUCUCCUGACCCAUCUCCUGACCCAUCUCCUGACCCAUCUCCAGCCAGAACCCACCAAUCACAGGAGUCUCAGGAAGAGUUUGAUUCCCUCUUCGACUCUGUGGCAGAAGAGCAUGUGCCCUUCCCAAAAGAGGAAGUUCCACCUCCACUGUCUGAUAAUGACCUGGCUGUCUUUGAUCCCUGCUACAAACAAGACAGAUCCGAUUCCUCCUGCGACCACUCAGAAUUGUUCUCACUGCCGUCAGCCAAUCUAGAAGGAGACGCGGGGUAUUUGAACCAAGCUGCUACUGAGCUAACAGCCGCCAUGGAGAAGGAGAAGGAGGGAGAAUUUAGCUCUGCCAUACGUAGAUACAGGACGGCGGUGGAUAUACUGAUCACUGGAGUACAGGGUGACCCAGAUCUGGCACGCAGGGAGUCUGUGAUGAGAAGGACAGCCCAGUACCUAAAACACACUGAGAUGUUGGUCGACAGGCACGCCUCGCCCACACACACUCACACACCUACGCACACACAUGCACAGGACCCAUAAUUACACACAUGCAUAUUUAUAUACACUGUUCACACGCAUGAAGACAGACAAGCUCAGGGUACGGACAUACACACAAACACGUACAUGUCUCACACAUAUGCAGACGCACACACACACAGUGAGAUUACGUGCUCAUUUGGACCGCAACCAUCACAAAUACUUUCUCAUAAAUACUACAUGGCGAUCACACUCACACUCCUGAGGUACACACUAUACUGCACACUGUUGUUUUAGCUGCCUUCGAUUAGUCAAAAGUAUUUGAUUGAUAAUAAUUUAAAAAUCUGGAAACUGAAAGUUACUGUCACCUUAAUCUCUCUCUCUCUCUCUCUGUUUCUCACUCUUUCUCUUUUGUCUAAUUUCUUUGCUAUAUUUUCUUGUUGAAUUCAGUAAUGUGUAUGUACAUUAAGUAAUGCAUUUUGCACAAUGUUUUGUUAAUAAACAUGAUUUUAAUUUA